AUGGACUUUGAAAAGAUGAUGGAGCAAAUGGAAAGGCAUUUCCAACGCAUGUUAGAACCAAUUCAAGAUGAGUUGCUGCAAAUCCGAGCAUCUGGAACACCAAAAACUUCUAAGUCCAGGCGAAGACGAAGGGAUGUGGAGGAGUCUGAUGGUUCCAAUAAUGAUGAUGAUGACGAGGAACCUCGCGCUAGUCAUAUUAUACUAGGUAGGCCGUGGCAGUUUGACAGGCAGGUAACUUUUUAUGGUGUGAUUAACAAGUAUAGUUUCUCGUACAAUAGUAAGAAAGUCACCCUAACUCCCCUUUCCCCAAAACAAGUACAUGAAGAUCAAUUGAAAUUGCAACUGGAGUAUAAGAAGUAUUGUGCAAAAAAGAAAGAAAAUGUGAGCGCCGGGGCAAAAGAGGAGAGAAAAAAGGCUAUAGAUAGCUCGACAAGUGAGGUAAAAUCCGAGAGAAAACAAAUGCUCCUGAUAAAAGCCAAGAGAGUGAGGAAGUUAAUGAGAGAUGAGCAGCCGCUUCUUAUGCUUGUUAGCAAAGAAGUAACUCUAAAUGUGCAUGAACUUGAUACUAACAUACCUCUUGAGGUUGUGUCUCUUUUACAGGAGUAUGCUGACAUCUUUCCCGAGAACGUGCCAAGUGGAUUGCCACCACUUAGGGGCAUUGAGCAUCAGAUUGAUUUCAUCCCUGGAGUUUCAUUUCCAAAUCGACCAACUUACAAGAGCAACCCGGAGGAGACUAAGGCGUUGCAAAGGCAAGUGGAUGAGUUGCUUGGCAAAAGAUGGGCACGUGAGAAUUUGAACCCGUGUGCUGUCCCAGUCAUUUUAAUGUCCAAGAAAGAUGGUACGUGGAGGAUGUGUACCGACUGUAGAGCUGUAAAUGCCAUCACGGGAAUGAAGGUGGAUGAUCAGAAGAUGAAAGCUAUUCAAGAGUGGCCAAUACCAAGGUCUGUGGGUGAUGUUCAAAGUUUCCAUAGACUUGCGGGUAUUGGAGUUAGAGCAGUGUUGAACCAAGGUGGACAACCUAUUGCCUACUUUAGUGAGAAACUCAAUGGGGCUGCACUGAAUGACUCAACUUAUGAUAAAAAGUUGUAUGCCCUCAUUCGAGCACUACAAGUGUGGCAGCAUUACUUAAAGCCUAAGGAAUUCGUAAUACACACUGAUCAUGAGUCCCUUAAGUACCUUAAGGUCCAACACAACUUGAGCAAGAAGCAUGCAAGGUGGAUUGCAUUCGUGGAGUCCUUUUCGUAUGUUAUUAAAUACAAGGCUGAUAAGUCCAAUGUGGUCACAGAUGCACUCUCACGAAGUGACUUCAGUGAGCUAUACUUUUCUUGCAAACACACCGGGCAAGGUAAGUUCUUCAUUUCUGAUGGUUACUUGUUCUGUGCCAAUCGGCUUUGCAUCCCACAUGGAUCAAUCCGUGAGAUUUUGGAACAUUUCUACUGGCCGCACAUGAGGAGAGAUGUUGCACGGGUGGUGGAGCGCUGCUUAGCGUGUAAGAGAGCUAAAUCCAAGAAACGUGCAGAUUUUGUUAAGCAACUUCAUGAGAAAGUCAGGGCCAACAUUGAGAGGAGAACUGCUCAAUAUGUCAAGCAAGGUAACAAAGGUCGCCAAAAGCUGACUUUCGAACCUGGCGAUUGGGUGUGGUUGCACAUGCACAAGGAACAUUUCCCUGUGCAAAGGCGAAAUAAACUACAACCACGGGGUGAUAGACCUUUUCAAGUGUUGGAGCGCAUCAAUGACAACGCUUACAAACUUGAUCUUCCGGGUGAGUAUGGCAUUAGUGCUACAUUUAAUGUCUCUGACCUAGCCCCUUUUGAUGCAGAUGAAGCUUUUGUUUUGAGGGCAAAUCCUUCUCAAGAGGAGAGAAAUGAUAGCAUCAUAGUACGUGGGCGUGCCAACAAUGACUCGAGUGAUCGAGGGACCGAGGACCGCAUGCAAGCUCCAAACGGGCCCAUCACUAGGGCUCGUGCAAAGAGACUUCGUAAGCAAUUCAAUGUACUUGUGUAG